UGAAAAAUUAAAACUGUCCGACCGCUCCGUCGUUCUUGCCAUGACUGUUGUACUCGAGUGUUAUAAACGUUGCAGUUGGGUUUGUUGAUAGUGGUUGAUUUUGAUAACACCGAUAUGGCAACAAAACCAGAUUAUCAACGAACAUACGGUAUUGAUGGCCGAUACAACGAAGAACCCACUCAAUACAGCCCCGCCUCUCAUCAUGAGGGGGCUGAGCCUUCACCCCACUCUCGAGCGACAACGCCUCUCGAAUGUCUGCCCUAUACAACAGAAGCUGAUCAGGAAAAUUAUACAAAUGUCAUGCGAUCUGAAGGGGAUUAUAAUAUACUUUUCAACAAUACGAGAAUAGACGAGGUGCCGAUUGAUGAGACUUCCGGCACUGAGUAUCUGCAAUUGGGGACUGUUCAAAAUGUUUCAAAUGGGUCUCCAAAUGGUAGUGCGAAUUCCAACUCUGGAUCUCCUCGACGAGUGGCCUUUACACAUUUAAAUUCGAUACAAACUUCAGACCACCAUACCAUUAUAGAGGGAUCGCAUCUCACACAACUGACUAGCCAUAUAAGUUACACAGGAGAAAUAGAAUCGUCUCCUGGUGUUAAUAUAGCAAGCACUUUGUACGCGCGAAAUCCGAGUAGUUACACCACAGGCACCAUGCCUUCUUACUACGGGACAGGAUCGCCGGAGCUAUCAUCGCAAUCGACCCAAAUGUGGACCAAUUCAGGAUUAAAUUCCAACCCGGGACUAGUGCUGGCUGAAGAGUAUCCAAAAGUGACUUCUUCGACGGCUUUGCCUGCAUUUAACAGAUUAUCGGCUCUUCACACGAACUCUCACCACCGAAGUGCCCCAUAUACUGUGCCCAGUUCGUCGAAUUACAACGACUGGCAGUACGAACCCACGGGGACGCUUCAAUACAACAUCCUGAGUCCUGGGGCUUCACGAAACCGGCCCUUGUCGGCCUCAGCCUCCCUCUCGGCAAUAGACCCCCGUGCCGAGUAUUUUACGGAGGGACGAGAAUGCGUGAACUGUGGUGCCAUUGAUACCCCUUUAUGGAGAAGAGAUGGUACUGGGCAUUACCUGUGCAAUGCUUGUGGCCUUUACCACAAGAUGAACGGCAUGAACCGGCCCCUUGUCAAGCAGCCUCGUAGAUUGUCUGCUUCUCGUCGAGUCGGUUUAACUUGCACUAACUGCCACACAAGUACGACGUCUCUUUGGCGAAGAAACACUGUUGGUGAGCCCGUCUGCAAUGCUUGCGGACUUUACUUCAAACUCCAUGGAGUAAAUCGACCGUUGGCAAUGAAGAAGGAUAGUAUCCAGACAAGGAAACGGAAACCCAAAGGGAGCAAGGAUAGCAACACCCGGCAUGCCAUAUCCAACGCCCUAGAGUCUACAAUAAAUAAUAUUAAGUUGGAACAAAACUUACCAUCUGUUAAAUUAGAACAUUCUUCCUUAGAGAAUUAUAAUGAUCUGAGGUCUAUAGUAACAUUGAACCACGUGCCGCACAACACAACCUCGAAUUACGUUUACAACAAUCAAUCUCAUCAGAGGAUGUCUCCUUACACAUCGCAGUCAUCACAAAUCACUAAUAAUUAUUUCGACAUGAUUCCUCAAGCGAGUCCCAGUUCACCCUCCACGACAUCACCGAGUCCCAAUUCUCCACUUAUUGCUAACAAUAACAACAACAACAACAACACGAAAGUGAUUAUGAAUGGAGAUAAUAAUAUGGAGAGACCCACAGUAGUAACAUUGUCCUCAUAAUUGUUCUCUGAAAUACCGUAUCAUUAGUCAACGUAUAAAAAUACAUAAUUAUUGCAAUAAUAUAAAUAUGCUUAGGGUUAUUUUACCGAUAAGUUGUUUUUAGGUAUUUAACGAGUGUCGUCUGUUAUCCUAUCUUUUAUUGGAAGAGAUCUCUAAUUUUUUAUUAUUUUGACCUGUUGAUCAGAUUCGUAAUUGGCUGUAACAUGAGAAUAUAAUUUAUGUAACAUGACAGUUUAGAAACUAAAUGUUUUUGUUAAAUAGCUUUAUUCAUAAGAUUAUCGAAAUUUAAUAAAAAAAUGUGAUAGGGAAAUAGAUAUUUUGCGGACAUUUAUUGAGAAAGAAGUUAAGUACAAAGAUAGUUUGUUAAUUGUAUAUUAUAUAUACUUAAAAGGAAAAUUUCUCUGAAAUUACCAAAGACAAUUGUAGUUUUUUCAACACUAGGUUUAAUCUUCUCAAAUAUUAUUUUGCUUAUAAGAGUUAAUUGUUUUUUUUUUGACUGAUUUGAAUUUACACAAAACAUUUGUUUACAAAAAGGUCUGAUGUACAUUAUUUAGAUCUUUUUAUUAAGAGUGUUUAUUCUAAUCAUUUAGAAGUUAAGGAUUUUUGUUUUAUGGAUUAUAUUUUGUUGUAUAUCUCUCUUAUUUAUUGUCAGUUAUUUUGAAUUGUGAAUCCACAUUCCGAGUACUUGUACAGUUCGUAUAUUUGUAAGGUUUAGGUUCUGUAGAUAUUUUGCAUAUAUUUUAUAUACAAACACUAAAUAAAUUUUCUUCAAGUUA